AUGGUGAUGAUUUGGAUGAUUUUAUUAUUAUUCCCAUUUAUUAAAUGUCAGCUUACAACAUUUAAUAUUGCAGAUUGGGGGAAAGUUAAUAAAUGCCAAAGUGAUGUAAUUAAAGGGAUGUUGAAACUUUGUGAUACUUUAAAUCCUCAAUUUAUCAUUGCUGCUGGAGAUAAUUUUUAUGAAUCAGGUGUAGACAGUAUCAAUGAUACAAACUGGGAAAGAAUUUUGGAAAAACCAUUUUCUAAGUUACCUAGUAAUUUAAAAUUACAUUCAUGUUUAGGAGAUCAUGAUUGGAGAAAGAAUCCAAAAGCUCAGGUUGACUAUACAAAUUCUCCUUUGAAUAAAAGAUGGAAAAUGAAUGGAUAUUGGUGGUAUGAAGUUAUUGAUUUCAAAUCAUCUUCUAAAUUUAGUGAUAUUAUCAAGGCAGCUGGUUUAAAGUAUGAUGAUCAACUACAUAUUCGUAAAGAAUCCAUUAAUUUAAGAUCUAACUUAACAAAUAAUAAUUUUAGUGAUUUUAUAUAUUUAAAUAAUACUAAAUCAUAUAUUAAUGAAACUCAUAUUAAAAUUUUUGAAGGUAAUUCAAAAAUAAAUAGUUCAAGUAAAGAAGAUGUAACAGCUGUAUUUAUUUAUUUGGAUAGUUGGGUAUUAGCAAGAGAUUCAUUUAAGAAAACUCCCAAGAAUUUUUGGUAUUUACAAUUGAAUUUUCUUGAAAGAGUUUUAAGAGCUUGUAUAUCAAAACAAGUAGAUUGGAUCAUUAUAGUUAAUCAUUAUUCAUUAUAUUCUAGUGGUAUUAUGCAUGGUCCUCAUAUUAAACUUCGAAGUAUAUUAUUACCACUUUUAAAAAAAUAUAAAGUAGAUUUAUUUAUAUCAGGUCAUGAUCAUCAUAUUGAACUAAUUGAACCUGAAGAUCAUACAACUCAAUACCAUAUUGUAGGUGGUGGAUGUUGCCCUAGGGAGGGUUUUUGUGAAAUUGAUAAGGAUUCAAUUUAUAGAUUAGAUUCUUGUGGAUUUGGAACUCUAACUUUAGGUAAAUCAAUUGCAAUAAGUCGAUAUUUCAAUAAAUAUCUCAAUUUGUUUAAUUCUGUGCAAUAUUCUUCUAAAGAAUUACGUGACUUAAUGGAUAUAGAAAAUGAAGAAUUUCCACCUCAAGAAGCUUCUGAACAAAUAAGACAACCACUAAUUAGAAUAUCUGGUUGGGGAAUACUUAUAUAA